AAGGUUUAAAGGGAAGGGCGUUAUAGUAAUUAUCGCAUGGCAUCGAUGUAAUUUAAACGGCAGACAAGGGCCAUUCUGAAGACGGCCUCUAUAAAUAUGAACUCACCCCUUUUCGUCACUGUUUUCUCGUCUCAGAAUCUUAAGCACUUCAAAUCUGCCGUUCUUUAGUUUCCUACUUUCCUUUUUCUUUUUUUGUUUCAUUCUUUAUCCGAUUUUCUUCAUUUUCUGAGUCAAUUUUUUUGACGUGGCAUGCAUCGAUUCGUAAAAAAUGAGCACCAAAACGAUGCGUUCCCCUCCCCGUCGCGUUCUGAAGCGCAAGGAGAUCAGAGAGGGUGUUGAUUCCCUGAAUUUGUCUCCACAAGCAGCAGCAGCCACAAAAUUACCGAAGCCGAGCAUUCCUCAAGCUGGCGCAGAGCCGGUUUCGUUUAAUCAGCUAAUGGCUGGGUAUUUAGCGCACGAGUACCUAACUAAAGGAACGAUCUAUGGUCAACAGUGGGACCCAGCCGGAGCCGAAGAGGAGUGGCAGAAGGUCGAUGACGAUGAGCCGAGUGAGGACGACGAAGAAGAAGCCGCGCCGAGCAAGGGAAAUUAUAAAAGGUACGUGGAGGUAUCGAGCUUAUUGAAGGCAGAAGGGGCUCACUUACCUGGCGUUGUCAACCCAAGCCAGCUCUCCCGCUUCUUGCACAUGUGAUCGGCAUGACUACUCAGGCUUGGCUGGCAAUUUUUAGCCGUGGAGCUUUCUCAUUGACCUAGACGCCAGAAGCAACAGUUGCCUAGCCUACAUGUCAAGCAUGCAAACCCACACCAGUGCUGCCAUCGACCAUACCGCUUUGCCAACGUUCACCGACAUUGCCAUGACCCGCAUCGUGAGGCAUAAUACCACUGGAAAGAACACUGCGAAAGACACCACACCCAAAACGAUGAGAAGCCAACAUGCAUGAAAAAUCACAAUAGAGAAGAAGGGAACGUAAACAAUCAUCAUCGGUGAGAAAACGAAAACUACAAACUCAGAAAAUCAGAUGGCCAAACAACCGGAUUAACCACGUGCCGCGAUAACUUCCACUGAAGAGAACGAUUAGCCCGUAAUAGUUUCAGUAUACUAUAACUAUAAUCCCACCUUAAGGAGUCUAACAGAGGUCUUUGGUGCCGACGACCAUCAAUCACCUUGCGAUUUCGACAAAAAGCAUCACGGUGCAAACCUUAGACUUACCACAAAGCAAAAAUCCUAUUAGAAUGGUGGGUGUAUAAAUCGAAUUUGAGAUGUGAAAAAAAAAAAAAAAAACUUUCUUUCAAGAGUUAAUUGUGAAAAAAAUCAUAUUAAAGAUCAUUUAAAGAAAAAUAAGAAAUAAUAUAAGGAGUUUAGAGUAACUAUUUAUUUGUAACUAUUGGAGAUACAUUUUUAAACAGAUCUGUUUGUAACUAUUGUGACUAUUGGAGAUAACUUUUUAGACAGAUAUGUCUGAAUAACUGAUUAGCAGUUUGGAUAAAAAAAAAUAUUUGUCAAAUUAUAAUCUUUGUUUGAGUAUAGUUUCAUAAACUCUCGAUUGCCCAACUUCAUCCUAAUAGCCGGAGAAUCCUAGUAGUUUUCUGGUUCAUCUGUCUCAAUAAUUAUAUCGAACCUAGUGUAGUGUUUUUCUCCCAAUUAUAUUGGCUGGGUAUCCACAAGAAUGAGGAAUUUUGAUACUUUAGCGGUCAAAAACACUUAACCCUAUUUGACCAAAUAUCUUCCUCCUUAAAGCGGUGGAAAAAUAAGUUUUUUGUCCUAUGUCACCGAACGCCAAAAGAGGGAAAUUUUGGGCAUCUCCAAAUAAAAUGACAUUACUAGAUAGAAUCGAAGAAGGAUAGGGUCCGCUCGAUGAGGGAAGAGAAUGAUGCUUUAGCCUUUCUCUUAACGAUGAAGAAAGCCCCAAAGAAAAUGGACAUCACCUUAGCGGUGAGGAACGCCAUUUUGUUUUAGCAGAGUCAUUUGCAAGCAACCAUAUUUGGGGUCCUCACUUGCCCAGCCUACCUAGCUUUGGGGAAGGCUCUUCUCUAGCUCGGGAUCAUGGUAUUUCACUUUCUGCCUUUUUUAUAUUUUGAAUUGUUUUGCU